UUCUGCUUUCACUUAUAUACAGUGGUUUAGCCAGUAACAUGUUUAAUGCACUUUAGACUUUCAAAUUGCGACAAAAUUGAAACUGCGCUCGAAUCAGCACUUAUAAGAUUCACUAUAGUGGAAGCAAUAUAAGCAACCUUCAUUCUAUAAACAAUCUUCACUUAUUCGGCUUAUUCAAUGGCUGCUCAUGGGAUUCCAGAAGAGGUCUUAAGAAAUGAGGAGUUAAUCAAAGAACUGGAGGCAGUUGCAAAAGAUUCAGCACUGUUGAACGGAGUAUUAAUGCGGACCAAAGAAUCUCCAAACUCUUCCGAGGUGGUGACUUAUGCACCCUUCACACUCUUCCCUUCCCCGGUGCCUACAGUACUAUUUCACCAGGCUCUUGCAAUCGCAACCCACUUUAAUCGGCUGAUCGACAGAGUUAGUCAGAAUUCACGUUUCCUUGAAGAGGCUCUUACAAGCACUAUCAAGGUUGACAAUUUCACUGCAAAACUCUUCAAUAUUUACAGACAAGUUCAACAGGAACCUCAGGACACGGCAAUAGUGCUGGGAUUGAAUCGCUCGGAUUACAUGGUUGAUUAUACCGAUGGGAAAGAAGCCUUAAAACAGAUUGAAAUAAAUACUAUUGCAGCUAGUUUUGGGGGUCUUUCCUCACGAACACCAAAUGUUCAUCGGCAUAUUCUGAAGGUUGCAAACCGGUUGAAGGAAAGCAAACUGAUAUUGGAUAACAAUCCAGCAGCAGGUCUGGCAAAAGGCUUGGCAAUGGCCUGGGAGCUUUAUGGCUCUAAGAGGGCAGUUGUGAUGGUCCUAGUUGAGGACAUCCAGAGAAACAUUUAUGACCAUCGAUAUGUGGAAAAUGAGCUUUGGGCAAGAAACAUUUGUGUAAUAAGAAGGCAGUUUGAAGAUGUGAGUAAAAAUGGAUCUCUGGACCAAAACAAGAGACUGUUUAUAGAUGGACAAGAGAUUGCUGUUGUUUAUUUCCGCAAUGGAUACAUGCCUCAAAAUUACAGAUCUGAACAGAGCUGGGAGGCUCGGUUGAUGAUUGAGCGUUCGUGUGCAGCAAAAUGUCCAGACAUCAGCACACACCUUGUUGGGACUAAGAAGAUCCAGCAAGAGUUGGCUAGACCAGGUGUCCUUGAGAGUUUUUUUCCUGAUGAGCCUGAAACUGUGACUCGGAUUCGUGCAACUUUUGCUGGCUUGUACUCUUUAGACAUGGGAGAGGAAGGGGACCACAAUGUGGAUAUGGCUUUGGCCAAACCGGACCAGUUUGUGUUGAAACCACAAAGAGAAGGAGGAGGGAACAACAUUUAUGGGGAUGAGAUCUGCUGUGUGCUGAAGGGCAUGAAAAACAAGACAGAGAGAACCGCCUACAUCCUGAUGGACAAAAUUAAGCCUCUGCCCACAUUAAACUACCUUUGCAGAAUGGGGGAUCCACUGAGGCUGAAUAUGUGCCUCAGUGAACUUGGUGCUUUUGGAGUCUAUGUUAGGAGAGGAACCGAGAUGUUGAUGAAUGAGUGCGUGGGACACCUGCUCAGGACGAAGAAUUCAGAACAUGCUGAUGGAGGCGUUGCUUCAGGAGUUGCAGUCCUCGACAACCCCCUACUGAUUUAAGUCUUAGCAUAACAUGAGUGAAACAUUACACUGACUGGUAUAUACAUAUACUGGUUUCAUUCCGAUAUUUUUGCUCAUUCUUCUUUCAGCCCUCUGCCCUUUUUUUAAUGUCAUUUGUUUGUAUUAAUUAGCUGAUGUGUAUAUGUGUGGCCACUGAAUAACCUAAAAUGGUACAAAGGUAAGUGGUAAAUUGACAGAGGUGAAAAAAGGUUGUUAACCCAUUAUUUCUUCCCUGAAAAUGUUAACAACUUAGAGCUGUUCUUCAGAUGAUAAAGGUUAAUUAAGCCUUGAAAGCAGUUACUACACCCUCUUAAGCAAUAUUUGGACAGUACUGCAGUAAGUCAUAUAUUUCUCUUACAGUGGUGAUUAACAAAGGAAGACAGACAGCCCAUUAUAUCCCUUAAGAAAACAUAGGUCUUUCCUUUAGAGAAAUUGCAAAGAAAGCCAAGGAGACAGUGAGUACAGUUACUUACACCAUCUUUGAAACUGCUUAAUAAUAGGUUGAUCAGAGGAUAACAGCUUCAAAAGAGAAGACUUUGAGCUGUAGAUUUGACAGUCAAGUGGCAGUUAGGAAAACCACUGCUAUGAUGGCAAAAAAAGAAAAAGAGGCCUAUCUGGGCCAUGAAACCCCACCUACAGGCUACUGAAAACAGAAAGGUCCUGCGGACUGAUUAAUAAAAUUUUGUAAUAUUUGUUUUUUUA